AUGCUAUCAAUUCAGAGCACUCAGUCACAUUCAAGUUCAAAUGGCGUCCAGUACGAACUCCACGAGUGUGCCCUCUGGUAUGCUGCCAUCGGUGAUAAACGUGACGAGGUUACCAUUCGAUCUUCAUUGCGAAACGGACUUAUCGGCUUUACGCAUCGCAGAAUCGCGUGUGCCCAUAUCUUCUGGUGGGUUUUACGCAAACCUCGUAUCCUUCUUCUUGAACGCGCUCUUUGCGAUACCAGACCUGGGUAUUGGGAGCCACCCGGUGGGGCUGCCGAAGAUCAGGACGAAACACCGGGAGAUGCCCUAAAGCGAGAGGUUGGGGAAGAGACCGGGUUACAACUGUCCCAAGUCACUCAUACGCUCCCGACUCAAACCUGGACACGGUCAAAGGGACGCGAAGACUACAAUUGGGUUGGCCUUCCAUGUAUCAUCAAGGUCUCUGAGCUUGAAACUUUUGAAUCACGCGGAAGUAGCCAACGUGCGUCUCAGCCUGUACUGAAAUGGGAGGACAUUAUACGACUGAAUCCUGAGGAGCACCAAAAUUUUGCAUGGGCAACAGAGGAGGAGGUGCGAUGCGACAAGUAUAAGAUGUUUGGAAACCACAAGGAGACUGCCCUCAAGGCUUUUGCAGCAGUGACAGAGAACUGCUCAGUCUAA